AAACCAAAACAAAUGCCAGCCUCAUGAAGGCACGAAAAGUGAAUUAAAAUCCAAUUUAGGCCUGAAAAGUCGUUCGAAAUGCAUUCGAAUAGUCCGCAGGUGGUUCGUACGCCCGAACAGGAGUUUGGAAAUAAAACUCCAUUACGACACGAAUUUCACUAUCCAACGACACCAGCGACUCCCACACCAUCCACAGAUGACCGAAAUCCCUUCAAUUUCUACAAAAAUCACGCGUUAUUCGAGCGGAAAAGAGUCCGAACUGACUCCGUGUGCUCCAACAAGUCCAGUAUCAUCUCAAAGGACCUCCAGAAGAUUCGUCGCUUGGAUGAUUUUGGAAAAUUGAACAAUCGACGGGACAUUCCCAACAAACAAAUCAUCCAAAAGAAGGAAAAAUCAGCUCUCACGAUGAAAGACAUGAUUUAUUACAAUCCACGAACGAACCCCAUGUCCGGUAGUAUGAAGAAAACCGAAGGCGGUUCCUCGGAGAUCGUGAUAAAGACGGAAAAUAUCAAAACGGAGCCCGUUAAACCUGCGCCGCCGACAAUUUCGAACACACCGCUUGUGCCACAACUCAAAUUAGGGCCCAACGGCGAGAUGAUUCUCGACGAAUCGAGUCUCGUGGUCGAAAAUAUCGCGGAACGAGAUGCGAGACAGGCGAUCGAACAGUCUUCCGUCAUCUACGACGAUGGCUCGAGCGGGAAAUAUGGCAUUUUUAAACGACAGAAACGUACUAGGGACUGGAAUGCGGAAGAAACGAUCAAAUUUUAUCGAUGUCUCCAUACGAUAGGGACCGAUUUCUCGCUAAUGUUGCAACUUUUUCCCAAUCGAACACGUAGAGAUCUCAAAAUCAAGUUCAAAAAGGAGGAAAAAAGCAAUGGGCAUUUAGUUGACAAAGCAUUAUGCAACCCAAAAGCCUUCGAUGUCGACAGUUUAAGGCGAGAAUUCGAAAAAGAAGAUGCCGAACGAGCGGAAAAACAAGCAAAAUUGGAUGAGGAAGCGGAAAACAAGCGAAUUCAACGAGAGGCGUUGAAGAAAAAGCGAAAUUCUGAAGUAAAACAGAUCCAAAAGUCAAAUCCGCAGAAAUGGCUGAGCCGGACGAGUCGCAGCAUGACAUCGGCAGACGAAAUUUACGCGAUUGUCGAUAGUGAAACGCAAAACGAACGGUCUGUGAGUGAAGAAAUUGCCGAAUUAUCGCAAGAAGAGGACCUUGUGUCGCAUGUGAAGCAGGAAAAUCGAUCGAGUCCCGUAAUUGUAGCAUCACACGACGACAAUGAAUUAGAAAUGAAGCCGCAAUUGGAGGAAAAUGACGAAUCCGAAGCAAAUUCCGUCAUGGAUGAUCUCGAUUGGGACUCGCUCGUGCUAUGUACGGCUCAGGAUGAUGCGGGAAAUGUCACUUAUGCGGUUUAUUUGCGGGAUCCAAACACGGGAAAUUUGGGAAAAGAGCCUCUCGACUUGCCAAGCAGCAUAAUUGACAUCCUCAAACAGCACUACGAGGAAGAGGAAGCUGAAGAAACUGAAGAAAUCGAUGCCGAAUGAAAACUUUCUUACUUUUUAAGAAUAAAUU